CAUGGCCAGCUCCAGGCUAGGCCUCCUGCUGCUGCUGCUGCUGCUGACUGCCCACCCUGGACCCUCGAAGGCUCAGCACUGGUCCCAUGGCUGGUACCCUGGAGGAAAGCGAGCCUCCAGCUCAUCCCAGGACCCACAGAGUGUCCUUAGGUCCCCAGGAAGGGACCUGGACACUGCAGCAGGCAGCCCAGCUCAGACAGCCCAUAGCCUCCCAAGUGAUGCUCUGGAUCCCCCAGAGGACAGCGCACCCUGGAAAGGCAGGACCAUAGCCAAGUGGUCCCUCCGCAGGAUGCAGCACCUGGCACAGACACUACUGGUGAGUGGGGUGAGAGGGCCCCAGCAUUCAAGACCAGCCACUGGUCACCAGUGGCCAUUGUGGCUAAGAAUUGGGGCCCGAGGGGCAUGGAAAAUGAGAUACCACUGGGAUGCGCCCUCCACAGCACCCCCAGCCGUUUCUCUGUGCCCUUGCACACAGCAGGUUGCCAUCCGCUAA